AUGGCUAAGAGUAUGCUGAUCUGGUGGAUGAUGAGCUCUUUGAUUUUGCAAGUAGUUGAAGGAGGAAGAAGUGCGCAUGUACCAGGAAUGUUUGUAUUUGGGGAUUCAUUAGCAGAUGCAGGAACUAACAAUUUCCUUCCAAACUGUACCACUAAGAAUGUUUCCUUCUUCCCCAACCCAACUGGUCGCUUCACAAAUGGCCUCACUGUUUUCGAUUUCAUAGAAUUCUCUAGGCAUGUACGGAAAAAGUCGCACCUCAGAAAUUCUUUAUACUGCAUUUCCAUUGGAGGCAACGACAUUCAUGCCCACUACAACGGCCCUUCCUUAAAUCUCAGUGAUGCACAAUUCGUCACUUUGCUGGUUGGCACACAUGGUCAAUACAUCCAAAGGCUUUAUCGUGCUGGAGACGGAAAAUUUCUGAUACUCGACAUCUCCGCUUUAGGAUGUACUCCUAUUGCCAGAUUUACAUAUAAUUUUCAAUACCAGGGAAAGUGUGCGGAACCUGGAAAUAUACUAGCCCAGAAAUACAACGUUGCUCUGAAAAAUCUUGUAGAUCACCUGAAUGGAAAACUACAUGAAGUUUUUAAGAAACAAAAUCAGCGUGCUGUGGAUCAGGAUUGUUCAGAGCCAAUGUGA